UUCCCCAAUUCAAAUUUGUCGACCCUUCUCCGCCACUCUUUAUCCUACUGCAAUCUGCACCGUGCACCUUUAGCUUAUCCAUUCUCGUCGAAACCGACGUAACAAGUCUCAUAAACCCAACAAUUGAUGGCACCAAACCCCCACUAUAAACUCUUUGGAAUUUGCUUAGGGUUUAUCAGAUUGGGGAUUUGGUUUUUGAAAUUCUUUUUUUGCAAAUUAAUCUCCCCCUUUAUGUUUGCUUCAAACAGUUUUAGCAGGUCUCAGAAACUUUAUGACAAGGAAGAAUGGGGUAUAUAGGGGCACAUGGUGUAGCAACUUUGCGUAGAUACAAAUACAGUGGUGCGGAUAACUCUUAUCUUGCUAAAUAUGUAUUGCAACCCUUGUGGGGCCGCUUUGUCAACUUCUUCCCUCUUUGGAUGCCACCAAACAUGAUAACGCUUACAGGGUUUAUGUUCCUGGUUACAUCUGCCAUGCUUGCCUAUAUUUAUUCACCACACUUGGAUUCACCCCCACCAAGAUGGGUUCAUUUUGCGCAUGGGUUACUUCUAUUUUUAUAUCAGACUUUUGAUGCUAUCGAUGGGAAGCAAGCCAGACGAACAAACUCCUCUAGUCCACUUGGAGAACUUUUUGACCAUGGUUGUGAUGCGCUUGCAUGUGCGCUUGUAAUCAUGGCUUAUGGGAGCACUUCCAUGUGUGGAAGGGAUGCUUUCUGGUUUUGGGUAAUUGCAGCUGUUGCUUUUUAUGGAGCUACAUGGGAACACUAUUUCACCAAUACACUUAUCCUUCCUGUAAUUAAUGGGGCAACCGACGGUGUUGCCCUGAUAUAUACAAGCCACAUUUUUACAGCAGUUGUUGGUGCCCGGUGGUGGGCUCAGCAAUUUGGGAAGUCCAUUCCCAUGUUCAGUUGGGUACCUUUUCUUAAUGAAAUUCCAACAUACAGAGCUGCGCUGUAUUUAAUGACAUCAUUAGGUGUUCUACCUACCGUUGCUUUCAAUAUAAGCAGUGUCCUUAAGGUCAUUCAGGCAAGAAAAGGAAGCAUGCUACUUGCAUUAGCAAUGCUUUACCCUUUUGUACUACUUGUGGGAGGAGUGCUUGUUUGGGAUUAUCUGUCGCCCUCCGAUAUUAUAGGAAAUUACACACAUUUAGUUAUACUGGGAACUGGGCUUGCAUUUGGGUUCCUUGUGGGACGGAUGAUUUUGGCUCAUUUGUGUGAUGAACACAAGGGAUUGAAAACUAACAUGUGCAUGUCACUCUUGUAUCUUCCACUGGCAAUUGCAAAUGCUCUUACAGCUAGACUGAAUGAUGGUGUUCCUUUAGUUGAUGACUUCUGGGUUCUUCUUGGUUACUGUGUAUUCACAGCAUCACUCUACUUACACUUUGCCAUAUCAGUCAUUCAUGAAAUUACGACAGCUUUGGGGAUUUAUUGCUUCAGGGUAACAAGGAAAGAGGCUUGAGCAUUGGUGAUGGUUAUCCAAAGUUUGUUGUUUCCUCAUUCCUAGCCUGAGCUUGAGAUUGCUAUAAACUUGGUUUUUAACAUACCUUUUGUUUCCCCUGGAAGGUUGAAGCAUUGCCGUAAUGGUUCAGUAUUUGGCAAAUUCUUUUUUUGAUAAGCAUUGAUGAACAUUGCAGCUUAUCAACAUUGUUAUAAAUGUUUUCCAGAGUUUGAGAAUA